AUAAUAAUAAUAAUAAUAAUAAAAAAAAAUCGGAUGCUGCUGCUGCUGAUGAUGCUGCUGCUGAUGAUGAUGAUGAUGAUGAGACAGGGGAUGUAGAGGCGGGAGCAGGCGGACAGAUCUGCCUGGAUUGACGGUGACGGAGCGGAGCGGCACCAGCAGCAGCAGCACCAGCGGCGGCAGCGGCACCAGCAGCAGCAGCAUCAGCACCAGUCGGUCGGCGGACGGAGAUGCGCUGUUGUGAAGGCGGAGGGACGCUGAUGAUGAUGAUGAUGAUGCUGACGACGAGGAUGAGGAUGAGGAUGAUGAUAUAGCAGGUGCUGCAGGGUCGUGCCGCAUUGCCUGGCCGCCGGGGUUAGACGGUGAUGCUGCCGUCGACGUCGUCAUCGUGCCUCCGACUGAGAGAGAACGCGAGGAGACGCUCUGACAUGGUGGGAAGCGGCCGUCUGUCGGCUCUGAGCUCGGGCCGCCCGGAUCAGCAGGUUGGAUGUGCCGAAGCCUGAGAGCCCCCCCUUCCAUCCCCGCCCACCGGAGGGACCUGAGUCAUGACACACGCUGUGGGAGGAGAGGAGAAAAGGAAAAGAGAAAAAAUCACAAUAAAAGUUGAAUCCUCUCAGGUGGAAUUAAAAUGUUCGCGUGCGUAAAAGUGAGCGGCCCGUACGUCGAUGUGAGGAGCGUCGCAGCGGCAGCGCCCGUGCCAGUUCGGGGUGGAUUACGUCUACAGAGCAGCAGGCCUCCAUCUCAUGUCAGCUGGUGAGGCAGAGAGAGAGGCGUUCGCGGACACACUUCACCCUGUUGCUGCAGGUAACGUCUGAUUUUUAUUUUUAUUUUUUUCUAAUUUUUUAUUUUCCUUUUUCGCGUUGUUCCGCUGGACGCCGCCGCGCUGUGGUCCCCCGCGGAGGGACAGCUGUUGCAAAAGAUGACUCACUUACAGGCUGGCCUCUCUCCGGAGACCCUGGAGAAGGCCAAGGUGGAGCUGAAAGAGAACCCGGAGACUUUGCACCAGGACAUCCAGGAGGUCCGGGACAUGAUCAUCACCCGGCCGGACAUCGGGUUCCUCAGGACAGACGACGCGUUCAUCCUCAGAUUCCUCCGGGCGAGGAAGUUCAACCACUUCGAGGCGUUUCGCCUGCUGGCACAGUACUUUGAGUACCGGCAGCAGAACCUGGACAUGUUCAAGAACCUGAAGGCGACGGACCCGGGGAUCAAGCAGGCCCUGAAGGACGGGUUCCCCGGCGUCCUCUCCAACCUGGACAGAUACGGCAGGAAAAUCCUGGUCCUGUUCGCAGCCAACUGGGACCAGAGCAGGUACACGUUUGUGGACAUACUGAGGGCGAUCCUGCUGUCGCUGGAGUCGAUGAUAGAAGACCCGGAGCUGCAGGUCAACGGCUUCAUCCUCAUCAUCGACUGGAGCAACUUCACCUUCAAGCAGGCGUCCAAGCUGACCCCCAGCAUGCUGCGGCUGGCCAUCGAGGGCCUACAGGACAGUUUUCCUGCCAGAUUUGGAGGAAUCCACUUUGUGAACCAGCCCUGGUACAUCCACGCUCUCUACACCGUGAUACGACCCUUCCUCAAAGACAAGACCAGAAAGAGGAUCUUCAUGCACGGUAACAACCUGAACAGCCUCCACCAGCUGAUCCAUCCUGAGAUCCUGCCGUCGGAGCUCGGCGGGAUGAUGCCGCCGUACGAUAUGGGCACGUGGGCGCGGACGCUGCUGGACCACGCCUACGACGAGGAGACCGACUACUGUCCGGAGUCCUACACCCUGUCGGUACAAGACCUGGAGAGAGACCUGGAGAAAAACCUGUCCCCGAAGACCAUGAAGAGGUCUCAGUCUGUGGUGGAGCCGGGCGUCCUGAAACGACCGGACAAAGUGAAGAGCGAGGAGGACAACAUGCAGCCGCUGCUCUCGCUGGACUAAACCAACACGCUCGGCGACAGCUGAGAAGCAUACCCGACUCAAUAUUAACACACAUGUAAAACACACUGACUUACCUGUGCACCUGCUGGAAGCGACGCGCGCGCCCUGAAACAAACACACCUUCCUCCGGGAAAAGAAAAAAACGCUGCUUCUGCUACCGGAUUCUUGUUUCUCUUGAACUCAAACGAGGCAGACAAACAAGCCCAGAGACGGACGUUUCCUCACGCGGAAGGGGCAUCCUAAGAGCUACUGAUGUUGUUCGAUAUAUUUAUUUAUUUAGUUAUUUGUCAAGUGCCAAUUCCAAUGACUUUAAAUUAACUUCUUUGAACAAUCCAGCCCUUCGGAGUGGAGCAAGGGAAAGGAGAACGAACACGUGUGUGUGUGUUUCCUACAGUUGUAUAGUGUUCUGGUGAUGAGGGCUGCGGGCCACGCUCCCCGAGCAGCAUUUCUGUUUUUUGUUUGUUUUUUCUGUCUUUGUACAGUGAUUUGAAGAAACCGGCUCAGGAUUAGGAGAAGUGAUGAUAAUAAUGAGCUUGUUGAACCUCCUGGACACAAAACUGGCAGAGAGGCAGGCAGGGAGGCAGGCGCUGGGUUUACUGGGAGUUUACCUGGGGGUUAAUGGGCGUCUUCGGUCUCGCACCGGUUAUCUCUUGGUAAAAGCAAACGCCCCCCCUUUACUGUGAGAGUCGAUCUCUUGAAUUAUUAUUUUUUCCUUUUGGCCUUUUUCUCUCUGUCUCUGACCCGUGCGUCAUGGAAUAUAUUAUUUCUUCUGCCAUUAGGGAAAUACAAAAACAUCUCACAUCGUCCAGUGUUUGUUCGGCCUAAGAUAAAUAUCAAGAAUAUGCCUAAGUGUAAUUUUGUUAAAGCAGAGGAAGGGUAAACAUGCCACCCUCUCCUGUGACACAUUUGUUAUGUCUUUGGCAAUAAUAAUCUUACUUACUGAAACAUUAGCGCAGUAACAACAUCUGCUCUCAAACACGCCAGUAUUAGAAGAUUUGAUGACGCAUCAAAACGCGCUGGCCUUUUUUUCUUUUUGCAUGAUUUUGACAGUUUAUUAAGAAUCACACUGUUUAAGCUGUAUUAUUUUAGCACACUGGUGUUUAACUAUUUAACGUAUUACUUUAUAAUCUAAACUCAAGGUCCACACAUCUCAACUAUUUAUUUCAACGUUUUGAUCUGUCGUUAAAUAAGAAAUUCAUACAUACAAAACACAAACAAACAAAACCCGGCAUGUCCUAACCAGUGACGUAUUUAACUGAAUGUGCAUGAUCGGGCACUUUUGUCACGCUGCAGUCAAAGUCGGCUCAGUUUCAAAUUACUGUGAACACUAGCAGCAUACCGAGCUAACGCAAGCUGAACCAGAGAUGAUAACACGUAACGGCUAAACCUCUGUAGAAUUGGGCUGACUUGGUUCCUGACCAAAAGCUAACACAGCCGAACGUUAAAGCAAGUGCAACAACACAGGACUCGACAAAUAACUUCGUCUUUUAAUCAGCGAAGCUACCGCCAGCGACCAAAAGUCUGUCUGAAAUAUACAUUUAUCUUGUGCUUCUCACUGA